AUGGACAACGUUGUAUUAACAUCAGCCUCACAAAUAAGUCCAAAAUCAGGUAGUCCACUUAAUUCUCAAUCUAUUCCACCCAUAACUGUUGAAUCAGUAACAACGACAGCAAUUGAAUCACAUGUUGAAUGUUCAUUAGAAUCAGUUGAACAAACAAAUGUUGAUGGAAAUCUUCAAGCCCGAAUGGAUGUUAAUUAUCAAGCACAUGAUGUAGCUUUAGCAACGGCUAAAACAAAUGGACAUGAACAAACAAAUGGUGUGAAACUUGAAAAACAUCAUAAAAUGGAUAUUGAUGAUGGUUAUGAACAUCCAGAUAAAAUGAAUUCAUGUUGUAUAAUGCUUAACAGACUAUUUCUUGCUUUUGCUAUAGUUUGUUUUGCAUUAUUUCUUUGUGCUAUUGCAUUUAUUGUUGCCAAUCGUGGAAGAGCCGACGGUAAUCCUAAUGUAAACAAUAUAUCUGAUACAGAUAACAUACAAGAUCGUUUAAUUUCUUCCGAAACAUUAAUAAAUGAUAUAUAUUUCAAUCUGACACAUCGACGUCCAGGUGGAAUAAUUGUUGUUUUAUCACGUCGUAGUGCAUCAAUUAAUGAUAUAUUAAUUCCUUAUACGGAUAGUAAUGGUAUGAAACAAUAUCGUUCAAUUGUUGUUAAAGGUAAAAAUUAUGGUUCAGUUUGGUUUGGUUUUCAUAAAGAAACUGAUUUAAUGAAUAUGAAUAAUCAAUUAUUAUUAAAUUAUUCAUUUUUAAAUUCUUAUAAUGAUGAUUGGUUAAUGAUUGAUGAUAAAAGUAAACCAUAUCGUAUUCGUUUUGUAAAAGAUGCAGUUGAAAUUAUUUAUGAAUUUUCAUCAUCAAAUACUAAUGAAUUUAUGAUGACAACAAUUGCAUCUCCAAAAUUACACGAACAAAUUAUUGCUGAUCCAACAAAUAAUAUUUAUUUUAAUUUACGUGGUUAUGGAAGUUUAAGUACACAUUAUUUAAAUCUUAGUUUAUCAACUCCAAUUAAUAUAGAAACUAGUGAACAAUUACAAAAAAAUCAAUUAAAUCAAGGACAAUAUGUUGAUCAAUUAAUAGAUGUGAAUAAUUAUUUUUAUAAACUUGAUCGUGUUGGAAUUGGAAAAAAUUUUAUUGCAACAUUGACAGAGAAUGAAACUAAAACGAAACUAAAUAUUUUUGCUGAUCAUAGUGGUAUUAUGAUUGAUCCAUCUGGUUUAGGAUCAUCAGAUCCGAAUAUAACUACACCUGAUAUGCACGGUAUUCGUAUUAGUCCAAGACAAUCACCUGUUUUUCAAACAAUGUCGAUUUAUGGCCCAACUUUAAUUGUUUAUCCAUCUCAAGCUAUACAUACAACAUGGUGGCAAUUUGAAUAUUAA